AUGUUACUUAUAUAUCUUUCAAAAAAUCAAUGGGCAGUAUGGAAUAUUUUCGGCUCAUUACGAGAUCCUGUUAAAUUAGAGAAUCAGGGAUUUACAAUGGAACUUCCAAGGUUAUCACUUAACCCUUAUGAUAAGUAUUUAUAUUUGAACCAUUUAAAGGAAAAUGGUGGACAAGGUUGGAAGCAACUAUCAAGUGAAGAAUCAGAAUUAGUUAAUUAUUAUCAUAUGCUUGAACCCUGCCAUUCAAUUCAAGUUUGGUAUGAUCAAGGUUCUAAAAGAUCUCUUGAAUUUAUUUAUGUGCCUUUAUCUCAUUCGCGCUCCUUUCACGCGCACGAUAUUUUGCUGAAUGAUGUAAACAAAUGGGAAUCUAAAAUAAUAGAAAAUAUUCUUAUUGAAACAAAGGAUUAUGAACUUGUAAAUGACAUUUUAUCCUUUGGAGAAUCGAUUCAUAUACCUCAAUAUUUUUCUUGGUCAGGCGAAAAAAAUACUAUUCGUACUGCAUUUUUGGUUGUUGACAUCAUACCAGAAUUAUAUAAGAGUGAUGAAAAAAAGAAUGAAGAAAAAGAUGAUGAUAUUUAUGAGAAUGAAACGGAUUCUAAGCUUGAAUCUUACGCGUAUUAUUCUCAAAAAUUAUUUUAUAAUCCCUGCUUUUGCAACAAAUCACUGGAUUUAUUAUCAUUCGAAUUUCUUGAAAUUUCACCAAAGUCAGGUGAUUUAUUAAAAGUUUUUAUACCUAUAACACAAUUGAUUCCACAGGAUUCCGAGUUAGAUCUACAAGAAAUCGAUUAUGAUAAAAUUGUUGAUAUUCGAAUGGUACCUUUAACAGAUUUCACAACAACAAAAAGGUUAUUGGAUAAAAAUUUUAAAGAGGAGGAUUAUAGUCCCUUUAUUAGGCUCAUUAUGAACCUUAUAAAAAAGGAUGAAUACGAGAUUUUAUAUGAAAACCCAUCUAUGGGAGCUGUCAUGAAUUGGAUGUG